AUGGGAGGCGUCCGUGAAAAGAAGGUCGAGUACUUCGCUAAGUUAAGAGAAUAUUUGGAAGAAUACAAGUCUGUAUUCGUGAUUGGUGUUGACAAUGUUUCAUCCCAACAAAUGCACGAAGUCAGAAAGGCUUUGAGAGGUAAGGCUGUCGUUUUGAUGGGUAAGAACACCAUGGUGAGAAGAGCUAUCAGAGGUUACCUUGCUGACUUCCCAGACUACGAGAAGUUGUUACCUUACGUCAAAGGUAACGUUGGUUUCAUCUUCACCAACGACUCUUUGUCUGAAAUUAAGGAACAAAUUGUUUCUAACAGAGUUGCUGCACCAGCUAGAGCUGGUGCUAUUGCUCCUGAAGACAUCUGGGUUAGAGCUGUUAACACUGGUAUGGAACCAGGUAAGACCUCUUUCUUCCAAGCUUUGGGUGUCCCAACCAAGAUUGCCAGAGGUACUAUUGAAAUUACUUCUGACGUUAAGGUUGUCGACGCUGGUAACAAGGUUGGUGCUUCUGAAGCUUCUUUGUUGAACUUGUUGAACAUCUCUCCUUUCACCUACGGUUUGACAGUUGUUCAAGUUUAUGACAAUGGUCAGGUCUUCUCAUCCUCUAUCUUGGACAUUACCGAGGAAGAAUUGGUUUCCCACUUCGUCACUGCUGUUAACACCAUUGCUUCAAUCUCCUUGGCUAUUGGUUACCCAACCUUGCCAUCUGUUGGCCACACCUUGAUCAACAACUACAAGAACUUGUUAGCUGUUGCUAUUGCUGCUAACUAUGUUUACCCAGAAAUUGAGGAAUUGGUUGACAGAAUUGAGAACCCAGACAAGUACGCUUCUUCUGCUCCAGCUGCUGCUGCCGCUGCUUCUUCUGGUGCUGCCGCCGAAGAAGCUGCCGCUGAGGAAGAGGACGAAGAGUCUGAGGACGAUGACAUGGGUUUCGGUUUGUUCGACUAA